GUAAGUAUGGAAGAGAAGCAACGUCCAGAUCAUUUUCUGGCAAUUCAAGUGACCGACAAACAGAUAAAACAGAACGUUCGAGAGUUACAGAACGUCAUUUUAGAGAAAGAGAAGCACCUGUCGAACGCGAUGGUGAAGACGGACAGUUUACAUCUUACCCUGGGGGUGUACCACCUAGAGGACGAGGAAAGGGUCGCACAGGCAGCAGAAGCAUUAGACAGAUUUCACAGUAAACUGAAGAUAUCGGAUUUUACGCCACCGUGUUUGAAUGUUUCUAUGGUAGGGCACUUUAGACACCAAGUUUUGUUCGCAUCAGUGGCAAGGGAUGACGGAUUAGAUGUUCUCAACAACCUCGUUAAAGAUGUAAAGAAAUCUCUGGAGACUGACGGGUUUGUAGCCACGGAUGACAGAUACACUCCUCACAUCACAAUCGGAAAGAUGUCCACAAAACUUCGAAAACUGGGUAUAAGGAGAAUUGAGCCAACGCAUUAUGAAGAGAAGAAGACUACUUACUUCGGAAAACAGACGGCGGAGAGUAUCCAGCUCUGUUCUAUGACUAAACCAAUGACAGAAUCUGGUUACUACCACGUAGAACACGAAAUCAGAUUUCUGGUCUCUGACAACUCAGAAGAUCAAUGAUAUCCAUAUUGCUCUUUAAAGACUAAUCCAGUGGAAUUGCAUCUAGCAGAUUUGUUACUGGAUUUUAAGUGUGGAAUUGCUUCUAAUAGGUGUGUUUGAGGGAAAAAAGCAGAAAAAAAUAUUUCAAGGAAUGUUUAGAUCUAUGUCGACUAAUCAGCGGGUUGUAACAAGGCAUUGAAAUAGGAAUGUUAUGUGUGACAAUGAUACUCUAUAUAACACAUUUUUUUUAUUCAUGCAAAUGAUGAACACGAUCGAGAUUCAUCUGAUUGUCAUAAAUUACAAUGUCUCUAGUAAUUAGUACCUGAGUGAGUAAGACAAAAGUCAAUUAAAAAUUAUUUGUUAAAUGAAAUAUGAAGAUAACGAAAGUAGUCAUGCUCAAAAGAAUGUAUGUUUUUCAAGAUUCACAGGACAUUAUAUAUAUAUAUA